AUGGCCGCAGCUUGUUUACUAUUCGUCCUGAUACUGUGUUGUGGGGAACCGGUGCUGGGACGUAAUGGGACGAUGGACGAUUGGACUAGGCUGACUAACACACUGUUCUCUAACUAUUCGAAAGACGUGUACCCUGUAUACAACCUGAGCGAGGCUCUCUCUAUAGACACGACGAUGUUCAUUCUUUCAAUUAUGGAAUUUGACGAAGUAUCGGGGGUCAUCACUUUAAAUGGGGGACUGAUCCAUACUUGGACGGAUUUUCGUUUGACAUGGGACCCCAGUGAUUAUGGCGGGAUCGAGGAUAUACUUAUAAGUUCCUCCUUGGUUUGGAAACCGGAUGUUUUCUUAGUUUCGACCGCCGAGGAUAUGAGGCCGUUCGAUUCGGGAAACUUUGAUGUCCGAGUUUAUUACAAUGGGGUUUGUCAAGUUGGCCUUGGAAGAAGAAUGGUGGCCACAUGUUCUGUCAAUAUGUUAAAGUUUCCGUUUGACGCCCAUGAAUGUGUUCUUCUGUUCAUGCAAUGGAGUGUUUUCCCAGAAGAAAGGGUUCUUGGCUUCACACGAACAGAUCUGAUGUUGGAUUAUUAUACGGCGAAUGGGGAGUGGACAUUGGCUAAGUCUUCUGUUGCCAUGUCAGCCACUGUACCUGGUGGUCUCUGCUUCACAAUACACAUUACCAGGAAACCGAUAUAUUUUACAUUGUCUCUGAUCAUCCCAAUCCUUCUGUUGUGUUUCCUGAACCCGUUCGUGUUCCUCCUUCCAGCCUCCUCCGGGGAGCGGAUUUCCUACACAAUCACAAUGUUCCUGUCAAUGGCGGUGUAUAUGUCAAUAAUCGGUGAUAACUUGCCGAAAGUUUCGGAGAACAUGGCGGGGAUGUCGUUCUUCUUAUUAAUAUCACUUAUAUACAGCGGUACACUGAUCAUACUGACAAUAUUCACUCUACGGUAUGAAGCUCUUGCUGAAGUCAAAGACUUCCCGAGAAUUAUCAGACGAAUAACUGUCUGUCUCAAAAAACGGAGAAAGAAUACUGUUAUCAACGUCAGACCUUCUGACCCAGAGGAAGACAGUGGAAAGGUAGAUGUCAGUGAUGAUGUUGAUAUAUCCAAAGAUGACGUCAUGCGUUCCAUAGACCUGUCAUUGUUUGGAACGUCAUUAAUUGUGAUCGUGAUUUUCAUUGGUUGGUUUUUCUUCAAUUUGUUAUCGUAA